UUCAUUUUCCCUCUCUGCAGUGUCUAUUAAUUUCGCUUAAAUUCAUUUCUAUUUUCUCAAUUGUUCUCUGAAAGAAGAAGAAGAAAUGGCAGGUGGGUCGUCGAAUUCAAACGCACCGAAGCCUCGAAAGAGAGUGGAGGCCGAAUCUUCGGCUUCUUCUUCUCUUGUUCGUGCCAGAGAUGGCAGCGCUUUCGCCAAAUGUGAAGAGUGUAACAAGAGUGUUCCAGUGGUGCUAAUUAGUAUGCAUAGUUGUAGUCUUGAUGCUAAAAUCAAGAUGAAUUUGGAGGCUCAAGUUGUGGAAAAGCCCACUGAAGUUAAGAAGAAAUCUGUGGAAAGGAAGAAGCCAACUUCAACUGAACCAAAACCAAAGAGACUCAGAAAGGCUGCCAAAGAUAAUUCAAACAAGCCCAAACGCCCACCUACUGCUUUCUUCCUCUUCAUGGAUGACUUUAGAAAAGAAUACAAGGAAGCAAAUCCCGAGUCCAAGGGUGUAAAAGAGGUUGCGAAACAGGGUGGUGAGAGGUGGAAUAAUAUGAGUGAAGAAGAGAAGAAGCCUUAUCUUGACAAGGCUGCUGAGCUUAAAGCAGAGUAUGGGAAAGCCUUGGAGAGUAAUAAUGAUGCCGAAAAUGGAGAUGAGGAAGGAGGUUCAGGGAAGGAAGAUGCUGUUGAGAAAGAGGAUGAAGGUUCAGAGAAGGAAGACGCUAAUGAGAAAGAGGAUGUUGCAGAGAAGGAAGACGGUAAUAAGAAAGAUGAUGUUGCAGAGAAGGUUGAGCAAGAAGAGGAAGAAGUGUUAGAUGAUUAUUAGAUGGUAAGUAGGAUAUGAUGCUUCCGGGAAUCACAUGUUAAUUUUUGUCCUCGGAAUU